UCGCAUCGAAUCCAAUUGGAACUGUCAAAGUAAACGAAACUUUGACGAUAAACUGCCAGUAUUAUUAUGCGUGAUGUUGAUGUGAAGAAGGUGUGAAUCGUAAAAGGGAAAUUGCCGUUUCGGAUUCGAGAUGGAAAAGCCGGGCGAUAAAUUCCGCCAAAUGGAAGACGAAAUGAGUAGAUUCGAAGCGGAGAUAUCCGGAACGGUGAUGGGCCUCGGCACGUACAACGGAUUCAACCUGCCCGGUUUCGGAAACAUACCGCCGCCCCCGAUGCCUCCGAUGCUCAUACCGACGCAGGUGAACAGCACGAAGAAUUCGUCUUACGAACUGUACUCGACGCCGGUGAUAUCGCAGCCGGCCGUGGUUUGCGCGAAGCCGGCCCUGUACACGAACCCCAAACCGAUCACCGUCGCCCCCAGCAAUCUUCAGCAGCAACAACAGCAGCAGCAGCAAGCCGUCGAUUUUAUGUCGCUGCAAUCGGAGGUCGAGAAGAAGUUGAAGAAGUUAAAGAACGAGAAGGUCAGCGCCGAAUUGGCCAUAUCCCAAGGUAAGGCGAGCAGCGCUUUGCAAUCUUUCGGACCGGACGAUCAUAAGCGUCGCGGUAAGAACAAGAAGUUGAUGAGGACCGCCGGUGGUCACACGUGGGAGGAUCACUCUUUGGGUGAUUGGACGGAGGACGAUUUCAGGAUAUUCUGCGGAGAUCUGGGCAACGACGUCACCGACGAGUUGCUGACCAGGACUUUCAACAAGUACCCUUCUUUUCUGAGGGCUAAAGUCAUAAGGGACAAGAGGACCAACAAGACGAAGGGUUACGGUUUCGUCAGUUUCAAAGAACCCGGCGACUUCACCAAAGCCAUGAAAGAGAUGAACGGUCGUUACGUGGGCAGCAGACCUAUAAAGUUGAGAAAGAGCUGCUGGAAGAACCGCAGCAUCGACGUGGUCCGCAAAAAGGAGAAAGAGAAGGCGGCGUUGCUGAAUCUGCUCGCCUCUAACUCCGGCAGAUAACGUCUACACACAUACUUUUGUUUUUUUUUUUUUAAUUAUUAUUCUCGUUUAUUUCUUGUAAUUUUUAUAAGACCGAUUUUCCACGCUGAUACGUUUUUAAUUUAAAUAUAAUUAAGUGAUAGUUGAAA